AUGUCUUAUGAAAGUCUAAAACACAUCGGCUCGAGAACAGCUUCAACUUUUAGAGAAGUCGCAGAAAUUCUAGGCUUAUUAAAGACUGAUGAUAGUGCAGAACAAUGUUUACUUGAAGUUGUAUCAUUCCAGAUGCCUUAUACUCUGCGUCACUUAUUUGCUCUCAUUCUGGUCCAUGUAGUACCUCCCAAUCCAAUGUUGCUAUGGCAGAAAUUUGAACCAUACUUGUCUGAAGAUAUUUCUAAAGAAAAGUCUUUAUCACCUGAGCAGACAAGACUAAAAGUUCUCCAACUCAUUGACUCUCAUCAGCAAUAUAUGGGCAAACAUCUUGCUGAUUUCAAGGUACCUGUCCCUAACACUGAUGACUUUUCCACUCAAAGAGACACACAAGAAAUAGAGGCUGAGUUGGACAUCAAAGUUUCUACUGAGGACAUAGCAUCAGUUGCUCUUCUCAAUGCUCAUCAACGAUCUGCUUAUAUUAAAAUCAUCAAUAGCAUUGACAAUGACAUACCAGGAGCUUUUUUUAUAGAUGGGUCAGGAGAAACAAGCAAAACAUUCUUAUAUAAGGCUUUACUGGCAACUGUGAGGUCUAAAGGUGAAAUUGCAUUAGCCACAGCAUCAUGUGGUGUUGCUGCUUCUAUUCUUCCGGGAGGACGUACAGCCCACUCGCAAUUUAAGAUUCCAAUUGAUGAGAAUAAUGACAGUGGCUGUAAUGUUAACAAACAAAGUAACUGUGCAAGAUUGGUCAAACAAGCCAUACUAAUCAUCUGGGACGAAGCAACAAUGGCCCAAAAAUAUGCUAUUAAGUGCUUUGACAAGCUACUAAGGGAUAUAAUGGACUCAGAUACAGUAUUUGGUGGCAAGGUUGUCGUAUUUGGUGGCAACUUUUGUCAGACAUCACCUGUUGUCGUCAAAGGAUACAAAGAAGAUUACAUUUCUGCUAGCUUGGUAAAAUCUUAUGUUUGGAACCAUCUUGAAAAACUCCACCUGGUUGAAAACAUGCGUGCAUAUUUAGAUAAACCAUUCUCAGAAUUUCUUUUACUUUACCUUGUUUUGAUGACUCCAGAAUAG